UGGCAUCUUCCAUUCAUUCCGUCUAGCGCUUCGCCACGCCGCCUCAGAAACAACCGCUGGGCUUUAAAAAUUAAAUUUUAAAUUAAAAAGGAGGAACAUUCUCUUCCUCUGAGCUCCCAAAAACGUCACCCCUUCUUCGCAACGGGGCGACAAGAGCCCGAGAGCGAGCGAGGGAGAGCCAGCUCUUCUAACAAAGGAGAGACCCCCCGAAGGCGGGGCGCGGGAGAAGAAACACCUCAGCUUGGGCUUCUUUUUUCGUGAAGACGGAGGGGAGAAAAGGAGGGACCGGCCGCAUUAACAGGUUUUCAGGCUCACAAUACAGGUGCUACUGAUCUCUAAAGACCAAGCAGGCUUCAGAAUAAGUUCACUAAAUCAAGAUGCCUUUCAAAGCAGGCCUAGAAUUAACUGAGAUGCAGAAUAUGACAGUUCCUGAGGAUGAUAACAUCAGCAAUGACUCCAAUGAUUUCACAGAAGUAGAAAAUGGCCAGAUGAAUAGUAAAUUUAUUUCAGACCGCGAGAGCAGAAGAAGUCUAACCAACAGCCACUUGGAAAAGAAGAAAUGUGAUGAAUAUAUUCCAGGCACGACUUCAUUGGGAAUGUCUGUCUUCAAUCUCAGCAAUGCCAUUAUGGGCAGUGGAAUAUUAGGUCUUGCCUUUGCGUUGGCCAACACAGGAAUCCUGCUCUUUACGUUGCUUUUGAUUUCAGUGACGUUGCUGUCUAUUUAUUCAAUAAACCUCCUGUUGUUGUGUGCAAAGGAAACAGGCUGCAUGGUUUAUGAAAAACUUGGCGAGCAAAUCUUUGGCACUCCGGGGAAGUUUAUUGUUUUUGGAUCCACGUCUCUUCAGAACACUGGAGCAAUGCUGAGCUAUCUCUUCAUAGUUAAAAAUGAACUACCUGCUGCCAUAAAGUUCCUUAUGGGAGAAGAAGAAACAUUUUCGGCCUGGUACGUGGAUGGGAGGCUUCUUGUCGUAACAGUGACGUUCUGUAUAAUCCUUCCCUUGUGUCUUCUUAAAAAUUUAGGGUAUCUCGGCUACACCAGUGGAUUUUCCCUGACUUGCAUGGUAUUUUUUCUCAUAGUGGUUGUAUACAAGAAAUUUGAAAUUCCUUGUCGUCUGGAUGAGAAAAAUGCCACCGCACCUCUGUCUCCAAACUCUAGCAUUGCCUAUGUGGAUACGUGCCAACCCAAGUAUGUCACCAUUAAUUCCAAGACCGUGUACGCUUUGCCUACCAUUACAUUUGCAUUUGUGUGCCAUCCCUCGGUCCUUCCAAUCUACUGUGAACUUAAAGAUCGUUCACAGAAGAAAAUGCAGAUGGUUUCAAGAAUCUCUUUCUUCGCUAUGUUUGUCAUGUACUUCUUGACUGCUAUUUUUGGCUAUUUGACAUUUUAUGAAACCGUGUCGUCAGAUCUGCUUCACAAGUAUCAGAAUAAAGAUGACAUCCUCAUCUUGACAGUCCGUGUUGCUGUUAUAGCUGCAGUCAUCCUCACAGUCCCAGUGUUAUUUUUCACUGUGCGUUCUUCUAUAUUUGAGCUUACUAGAAAAACCAAAUUUCACUUGUGCCGUCACGUUGUGGUUACGGUGAUCCUUCUGGCGAUCAUUAACUUGUUAGUUAUUUUCAUACCUUCCAUGAAGGAUAUUUUUGGAGUUGUAGGGGUAACUUCUGCCAAUAUGCUGAUUUUUAUUCUCCCGUCAUCACUUUAUUUAAAAAUCACCCACCAAGAUGGAUCAAAACUGAUUCAGAGGAUUUGGGCCUCUCUCUUUUUGGCAUUAGGAGUAAUGUUUUCCCUGGUGAGCAUUCCUCUCGUCAUCUAUGACUGGGUGCAUUCAGGAGACACUGCUGAAGGCCACUGAAGUUAAUGGGACAUUAAGAAGAAUACAUUUCCAUUUUGCUACUCACACCAAAAUCAUUAUUGUCCCAUUUUGUUAAUAUGCCCAUCCACUCUUUGUGAGUAUCCUUCAUGAACUCAAAACAAUGGAAUACCAGUAGGAUGCAAUGUUCUACUGUGGGUUGCAGCCAACUAAGUAUUACUCAAGAGUAGUCUCACUGAAAUUAAUGGAUACAAGUUAGUCAUGCCCAUUGAUUUCAGUUGGUCUACUCUGAAUAGGACAAACAUUGGCUACAACCCAAUCAUGUUAUGUUACCUAAUUUUAAAUGUUAUCCUUCAUGUUCCCACAAGCUACUGGAACAGUAUUAAGUUUAUGGUGGUGGUCAGUACAAUUUUGCAUAUUCAUAGAUUUGUCCAUUGGCCAUUGGUGUUCUGUGUGUGGUAACUGACACUAAAAUAAUUGAGGUUAUAUACUUGCAAAUUAAUAUAUCAAUUUGUUUUCAACUAUAAUCAGUUAACCAGCCUUGAUCAAACUAGAGCCCACUUCCUGGAGAGAAGUUUACCUCUAUCUGAUUGUUCUUGUCCAGCAGUGUGCUUAGUGGAUAGAUAAUCUACCAUUAGGUCACAUAUGUACGUAAUCUAUAGGGUCUUUGGUAUCCGUGAACAAAGCCUGUACACUAUUAAGCCUUAGUAGAUCAUCCCUACCAGAAGUUGUCUUUUGCACACUCAGUUUGUGAGUUCCAUGUAUGCAUGUUUGGUUUAUUUUUAAAGAAAUGGUUUGUGUUCAGAUAGUUGUCCCCUGGGGAUGUGAAUAAAUUCAUAAGGUUGAUUGCUGCCAA